AAUCUCCUAUCUGUCUCGACAAAGCCAGAGGCAAGUGAAGCCAAGCCAUAGUCACUGAGGCGUUCGGAUAGCAGAAAAGUGAAGAUGAUCAUGAGAAGUGCAAGCGCGAAAGCAAGAGACUCGAAGGCUAGCAACAGGAGGCUUUCAUGCACAAGGCUGAAGGGUCACCUGAAAGAGCAGAAAGGUAGGCUCUACAUCAUUCGGCGCUGCGUCGUCAUGCUCCUUUGUUGGCACGAUUGACCACUGAGCAGUAAGUGCUAUUAUGAUGAAUUUAUUAUCUCUGAGUUCACAUACAGUCUCUCUCGAUCUAACAUCACAGCUCAGAUGUGAAGCAAUCAAACCCCGAAGCUUGCUUUACCUGAUUAUUUGGUCCGUUACUCGCUGGUCUGUCAAUGUGUUCCCGCGAGGCCUAACGUACGAGUGAGCGGAGUGUUCGGGGACAUGCAUGAUAAAUAAAGAUUGUCGGUCCAUCCGCUAGCGAGUGUUUAGCAACUUCUUGCUGAGUAACGGUUGCCCUUGAAACUCUCUAUUUUAGUUCUCGCAAAU